AUGGCCCACAGCCAGUCUCGGAAGCGAUCACGAAGCAGGAGCAAAAGCAAUUCUCGGAGCAGACAGGAGAGGAAGGAGAAGAAAAGGAGGAAAAGCAGCAAGGACUCACCCAAGGACACAAGUCAAGCUCAAGCUGCUCCACUCAACUUCUUAUGUAUUGCAGAAAAGAAGAAGGAAAGAAAGGCCAAAAAGAAGAGGAAGGCAAGUACCUCUUCCUCUGAGACAGCGUCUUCGUCCUCUGGCUCCUCCUCAUCUUCCUCUUCCUCUAGCUCCUCUUCUGAUGACUCCAGUGACAGCGACUCCAAAACAAAGAAGAGGCGACACGGCAAAAAAAAGCGAGAGAAACAGAAAGACAAAAAGAAGAAGAAGAAGAGAAUAAAGAAGAAAUCAAAAAAGAAGUCAAAGGAAAGGGCUAAGGAGGAGAAAGCCAAGGAAGAAGCAGUGCCCGGCCCUUCGCUGGAGCAGUGGCAGAAGGAGUCACUGGUGGACUCCGGACCAGUUUUGACAGACGAACAGAAAUCCCGAAUCCAGGCUAUGAAGCCAAUGACAAAGGAAGAAUGGGACGCGAGGCAGAGUGUCAUAAGGAGAGUUGUGGAUCCCGAAACGGGGAGAACAAGGCUUAUUAAGGGAGACGGAGAAGUACUAGAAGAAAUCGUCAGCAAGGAGAGACACAAGGAGAUUAACAAGCAAGCCACUCGGGGGGACGGGCUGGCCUUCCAGGUGAGGACAGGGAUGCUGCAGUGA